CGCGGAUAAUACCGGGUCCUGCCCUGAGAGCCCAUCUGUGCAGCCGGUGCCUCCCGGCCCAGGGUUCCCUCCCAGCUCGGAUGAUGGCGCUGCGGGCCCGGGCCCUGUAUGACUUUAGAGCGGAGAACCCGGGGGAGGUGUCGCUGCGGGAGUCGGAGGUGCUGAGUCUGUGCAGCGAGCAGGACAUAGAGGGCUGGCUGGAAGGGCUGAACAGCCGGGGGGAGCGGGGGCUCUUUCCUGCCUCCUACGUGGAAGUUCUCCGGGGGGAACCUGCCGGGCCCCCGCCUCCCCCCCCCCCGGCUCUGGGAGACUCUCGCUACGCCAACUUGCCCACCGGGGGCUACGAGCCGGCCCAGCCUUUCCAGAGCGCCGCUGCCCCGCAGUUGGGCCUCGCCUUCCAGCCCCGGGCUCCCCCCGGCGGGUACCCGGCCAGCCAGCCCAGCGACGACGACUGGGACGAUGAAUGGGACGACAGCAGCUCCACGGCGGCGGAUGAACCGGCUGCCCAGCCGGGGGGGAGUUAUCCCGGCGGUUACCAUGACUACGAGGGCUCCAGCAGGUACCGCGUAUCCACUCGCUCCGACAUGCCGCCCGGCCCCUCCUCCCUCGCCUCCUCCCAGGCGGCCGGUAAGGGCUCCGCCACCGUCAGCCGCAACCUCAACCGCUUCUCGGCCUUCGUGAAGAGCGGGGGGGAGGCGUUCGUGCUGGGGGAGGCGGCGGGCUUCGUGCGGGACGGGGACAAGCUGUGCGUGGUGCCGGGGGCCGAGGGGCCGGAGUGGCAGGAGAACCCCUACCCGUUCCGCUGCUCCAUAGACGAACCCACCAAGCAGACGAAGUUCAAGGGCAUGAAGAGCUACAUCUCGUACCGGCUGCUCCCCAGCCACACGGGCCUGCAGGUGCACCGCCGCUACAAGCACUUCGACUGGCUGUACGCCCGGCUGCUCGAUAAGUUCCCGGUGGUGUCGGUGCCGCGCAUCCCGGAGAAACAGGCCACCGGGCGCUUCGAGGAGGAUUUCAUCUCCAAGCGGAAGAAGGGGCUGGUGUGGUGGAUGGAGCACAUGUGCAGCCACCCGGUCCUGGCGCGGUGCGACGCCUUCCAGCACUUCCUCAGCUGCACCGACGAGAAGGCCUGGAAACAGGGCAAGAGAAAGUGCGAGAGGGACGAGAUGGUGGGGGCCAACUUCUUCCUCACCCUCAGCCUCCCCCCCGGCUCCCCGGUGCUGGAGCCGCACGAUGUGGACGGGAGGUUGGACGGCUUCAAAGUCUUCACCAAACGGAUGGACGAGGGGGUCCUGCAGCUCAGCCAGACUGCCGGGGAGUUUGCCCGCAAACAGGCGGCCGGGUUCAAGAAGGAGUACCAGAAGGUGGGCCAGGCAGUCAGGGGGCUGGGGCAGGCCUUUGAGAUGGACCACAUGGUCUUUUCGGCUGGCCUCAACCGGGCAAUGGCCUUUACCGGAGAAGCCUACGAGGCUAUCGGGGAGAUGUUCGCUGAGCAGCCCCGCCAGGACUUGGACCCCAUUAUGGACUUGUUGGCCGUCUAUCAGGGCCACCUGGCCAACUUCCCCGACAUCAUCCAUGUUCAGAGAGGGGCUCUGACCAAAGUACGGGAGAGUAAGAAGCAAGUUGAAGAAGGGAAGUUGGAGCUGCAGAAAGCCGGUGAAAUCCAGGAGCGCUGUAACGUUAUCUCCUACGCCACGCUGGCAGAGAUCCACCAUUUCCACAAGAUCCGAGUCAGAGACUUUAAGUCACAAAUGCAACAUUUCUUGCAGCAACAGAUCUGCUUCUUCCAGAAAGUGACGCUAAAACUGGAGGAAGCGCUACAGAAAUACGACGCGGCCUAGAGACUCCCUCCGCUCUGAACUUAUUUCCUGGUUAUGGGGAUUGCUGAAAGCUGGGGGGGGGGGGCAGUCACCCCUAGGAACAAAAAAAAAAAAGAGGAGAACCUAUUGCCAAUAAUUGGCAGUUGGUACACGAAUGGUCAUACAUUUAUCUUUAGUAUACUGUGAUAAUGGAAAGAUGGAACCAUAAUGUAUCGUUCCAUAACACAUGCAACCUAGCACAUUUCUAUUGAAAUAAUACUAUCUAUGCCUACACUACCAUUGUACCUGUCCUGGGGAGCCACAUAUGCAGCAUUGCCUUACCCACAAACAUAUAUAUAGAUAUAUAUAUAUGUAUGUUACAGUGCGUACUGGGGCUGGACUGUGAUUAACAUGUUAAGCUUUAUUUUAUACUCUUACACGUGGAUUUAACAAGUCCUCUGUUUACAGAACUUCUACUUGAGCAACUAUUCAACUCUUGUGCCUUCCUGAGUAUUUUUUUUAGCAAUAAAUUCAUAUUUUAUCAGUGAA